AUGACGACUGUCACUGAGGUCUGGACGAAGGCACUCGUCCCGAGUGAUCUCUUACUCAAGUCGACCGCAAUCAAGGUCGAGGAGGAAGAGACUUCGAAUGUUGAUCUUCAAGAUAUUCCUCUGCCACCUCCUUCGAGAAGACCGAUGGAGGUGCUGAGUAUAGAUAAAAACACACCAGAUAAUCAUGUCCCUCGCGAUCCUCGACUUCUCCGAUUGACGGGUGUGCAUCCGUUCAACGUCGAGCCUCCUCUUACAGACCUUUACAAAGAAGGGUUCCUCACCUCACCGGAACUCUUCUAUGUCAGAAACCAUGGCCCGGUUCCUUUCGUGAAGGAUGACGAUAUCGCAAACUGGGAGAUCAGCAUCGAAGGGCUGGUUGAGAAGCCAUUGAUCUUGAACUUCCGUCAGGUCUUACAACAGUAUGACCAAAUCACAGCCCCGAUCACCCUCGUUUGUGCCGGCAAUAGGCGAAAAGAGCAGAACACCGUGCGAAAAUCUAAAGGCUUCUCGUGGGGUUCGGCCGCGCUGUCAACGGCCCUCUUCACUGGCCCUUUGAUGGCUGAUAUCCUCCGAAGUGCAAAACCACUGCGCAAGGCCAAAUAUGUCUGCAUGGAGGGAGCAGACAAACUGCCCAAUGGACACUAUGGGACAUCUGUCAAGUUGAACUGGGCUAUGGACUACAACAGAGGUAUCAUGCUUGCUCAUAAGAUGAACGGAGAGUCUCUUACCCCUGACCAUGGCCGUCCGCUGAGAGCUGUUGUCCCGGGUCAAAUCGGUGGUCGAAGCGUCAAGUGGUUGAAAAAAUUGAUCCUGACGGACGCACCAAGCGAUAACUGGUAUCAUAUCAAUGAUAACCGUGUCUUACCAACCACGGUUUCUCCUGAAAUGGCAUCAAGCGAUCCAAAGUGGUGGCGUGAUGACCGUUACGCCAUCUAUGACCUCAAUGUCAAUUCCUCCGUUGUUUAUCCGGAAAACAACGAAGAGUUAACCAUUGCUUCAGCGGGGCCAUCUUAUACCGUGAAAGGAUAUGCGUACGCAGGAGGUGGUCGCAGAGUCACGAGGGUGGAAAUUUCGUUGGACAAGGGCAAGACUUGGCGGUUGGCCGACGUCCAUUAUGCGGAAGACAAAUACCGUGAUUUCGAAGGAGACCUCUUCGGCGGGAAAGUAGACAUGUCCUUGCGAGAGACGUGUUUCUGUUGGUGCUUCUGGUCUCUUAGCAUCGCUAUUUCGGAGCUCGAAAACAGCGAUGCCAUUGUCGUUAGAGCAAUGGACGAGGCACUGAGUAUACAGCCGCGCGACAUGUACUGGUCUGUCUUGGGCAUGAUGAACAACCCUUGGUUUCGGGUCACAAUUACCAAAGAGAACGGCAUCUUGAAAUUCGAGCAUCCAACACAUCCCACCAUGCCCGGUGGCUGGAUGGAACGCGUUAAGAAGUCUGGAGGUAACUUGCUCAACGGAAACUGGGGCGAAAGACAAGAGGGAGAGGAACCAAUUGCUCCCGAACCCGUGAAGGAAAUUAACAUGAAAAAAGCUGGGUUGAAUCAAGAGAUCAGCCUGGAGAAAUUCAAGUCUCAGUCAAGUGAACAAAAGCCAUUGUUUAUCGUUAAUGGUGAAGUUUAUGAUGGCACGGGAUUCCUUGAAGGUCAUCCCGGAGGAGCGCAGAGUAUUAUCUCCUCUGCCGGACUUGAUGUCUCUGAGGACUUCCUGGCAAUCCACAGCGAAACAGCGAAAGCAAUGAUGCCCGAUUAUCACAUCGGAACAAUGGACAAGGCAUCUCUAGAUGCACUCAAGAACGACACCUCAUCAGGCUCGGACGAACCACGUGCAGAGUUCCUCCAGUCAAGGUCAUGGACCAAAGCAACUCUUGCGAAGAAAACCGAUAUAUCAUGGGAUACUCGCAUCUUCAGCUUCCAGCUAGAACAUGACAAGCAGAUACUGGGCUUGCCAAUAGGCCAACAUCUUAUGAUCAAGGUCUUAGAUUCAGCAGCAGGGAACGAAGCCAUCAUUCGCUCUUACACCCCGAUAUCCGAAACCGCCCAAGAAGGAACGAUGGACUUGCUGGUCAAGAUAUACUUCGCAAGCCCUACUGUUCCUGGCGGCAAGAUGACCAUGGCUCUUGACAAGCUCUCCUUGGGCUCGGUGAUCGAGUGUAAAGGACCGACCGGAAGGUUCGAGUACCUCGGAAACGGCCGAGUUCUCGUCAGCGGCAAAGAACGACAUGUCAACUCCUUUGUCAUGAUCUGCGGUGGAACCGGUAUCACGCCAAUAUUCCAGGUCCUGCGUGCUGUCAUGCAAGAUCAACAGGAUCCCACUACGUGUAUUGUUCUCGACGGAAACAGGCAGGAGGAGGACAUUCUUUGCAAGUCAGAGCUCGACGCAUUCGAGGCGUCUGACAGCAAUAGAUGCAAGGUGAUUCAUACUCUGAGCAAAGCUCCAGAUUCUUGGACAGGCCGUCGAGGGCGUAUUUCCGCAGAUAUCCUCAAGGAGUAUGCAACGUUUGAUGAGCAGAGCAUGGUGCUUCUCUGUGGACCAGAGGCCAUGGAGAAAUCCGCGCGGGAGAUUCUUCUGACGCAAGGGUGGGCAGAACAGAAUCUUCACUUCUUUUAG